GAGAGAGGGGCUUACUUGGAUGAAUGAGUGAAAGUAAAGCAGACGUGAUGGAGGAGAGACACAUGGAGGAGAUAAAACAGACACAUGGGAGACCCACAAUGGGCUCUUGCCAGUAGGAGAACCCUUCCUCAAGCAGGGGAUGGAUGAACAAUGGGGUAGACAGUAUGAGAAGGGAUGGGAAGGGUCUUCUCAUCCACAUGGACGGAAUGUCUGGAUGGCCACCUUCCUGUGUUUGAUCAUUUUUCUCACCACCUUGGGGAACACCUUGCUGAUUCUCCUCAUCUUCACCCAGAGGUCAUUGAGGAACACCUCUAACUAUUUCCUGGUAUCCCUCUUCAUGUCGGACCUCAUGGUGGGACUGGUGGUGAUGCCACCGGCCAUGCUAAAUGAACUCUAUGGCCGUUGGGUCUUGGAUGUAAACUUCUGCUGUAUCUGGUACUCAUUUGAUGUCAUGUGCUGUAGCGCCUCCAUCCUUAACCUCUGUGUCAUCAGCUUGGACAGGUACCUGCUCAUCAUCUCCCCUCUCAAGUACAAGCUCAGGAUGACCUCCUGUCGAGCACUCGGCUUGAUUUUGGCCACCUGGACCUUAGCCGCAUUGGCCUCCUUCCUGCCUAUUGAGAUGGGUUGGCAUGAACAGGACCUUGUUAUACAGUCCAGGAACCUGACCUCUGAGCCCCAGGAGAAGCAAUGUCGUCUGCUGGUCAGUUUACCCUAUGCCCUGGUUGCUUCUUGUCUUACCUUUUUCCUUCCAUCAGCAGCCAUCUCCUUCACGUACUGCAGGAUCCUCCUGGCUGCCAGGAAGCAGGCUGUCCAAGUGGCUUCUCUGACGACUAAUGUGCCAAAUCUAUCUGAAGAACAUGCCCAGGUGGGUCUGUGCCACAGAGUAUUACUCAGGUUUGGGUGUCCACCUCGUUGUCUGCCCCCCAGAUUAUAGACAAGCUCCUGAGAUAUAGACAGCACAAACCAGGGAGAUGGCUGGGGGUUAAAUGUCUUCAUAUGCUCAGCGUUGCCACACUUCUAAACCGUAGCUGCUGUCCAUUAACUAUUACUCCAGGGUUUAUUGUCUGAACAGUGAAUUGUGAAGAGUUGAAAACCAAAUCGAUUAAAUUCAACCUGAAGUAGCCAAACUGUGACUAGAGCUGUAGUUGAAUUGGGGGCAUUUGUUGCCUGUUUAGUUAAUAAAGUCCACAAUAUGCUCAGCUUCUUCUCUUACAAUAAUCUUCAAACUGCAAAAUAAUGUAAACCCCCAAAUAUGAAUAAGAGAGUUAUAACAUCAGACUGGUCCAUUUGUUGAUCAGACAAAAUAAAACAUAAUGAAUUUAGCAAUUUUAAAAAAAGUAGGAAAAUAAAAAUAUUAAUUUCUAUUAUUAUUUUAUUUAUAUAGCGCCAACAAAUUCCGUAGCGCUGUACAUUGGUGGACUAACAAACAUGUAGUUGUAACCAGACAAGUUUGACAAACAGAACCAGAGGGGUUGAGGGCCCUGCUCAAUGAGCUUAAAUGUUAGAGGGACUGGGGUAAAGUGACACAAAAGGUAAGGGAAGUAUUGAGACGCUUUUUAAUUGAUACGAUUUUUUGAAGGAGUACGUGGAGACUGACAGACUGACAGCCAGGCAGACAAGGCAGAGAUUCCAUAACAAAUAAGUCAAAUGUAAUGUGAAAACCAACUUGUAGGAAGCAAUGAUGACGUAUUAAAUAAGCUACACAUGCAAUAGAAAUAAUUAAAACAGACGAAUUUUCAAAUUUUUAUGAAGCUAUUAAGAAUAGAUUUUGAUUGUUAUUAAGAUUUGUGGUUAGAGUUUGGGAUUUUAAUUAAGGUAAUGUUGAUAUUUAGGGCCCGGGGCAGUCCCAAACUUUAAUGUGUAACCCUAAUCUGGAACAUUAGACUCAAUCUCUAACUUUCAGACCAAAUCCCAGCGCCAUCGCCAACAUGUAUCCCAAGGUAUAAUAAUUAAACGGGAUUAUUUACUAAAGUAAGAAUUCCAAGUGAAUUGAAACUGAAUUUCAAAUUUAAAGUCAAAAUAACUAAAGUGGAAAAAGUGGAGUCAGCUGUGCGUCCAGUUCUGAUACUUCGAACUUAAAUUUGAAAUUCACUUUGUAGUCACAACAAUUCUCACUGUACUGUCUAUCAUAUUACAUUCUGUUAUAAUGAAUUACCGUAGAUCGGUCAGUGUAUACGUUAUAAUAGUGCAUUCUAUCAUUGUAUAUUUAUUAACUGUGCAUUGUUUGCAUGUCACACAGCAUUCUAUCAUUUAAUAUUUUAUAAUAUUGAAUUCUAUCAUUGUAUAUUGUAUAAUAUUGCAUUCUAUAAUUAUAUAUCUCAUAAUAUUGCAUUCUAUCAUUAUAUAUCUCACAAUAUUGCAUUCUAUCACUGUAUAUAGUAUAUUAUUGCAUGUUAUUAUUGUAUAUUGUAUAGUAUUGCCUGUUAGAAUGUAAUAUUAUACAAUAUAUAAUAACAGGCAAUAUUAUACAAUAAUAACAUGCAAUAAUAUACUAUAUACCGUGAUAGAAUGCAAUAUUGUGAGAUAUAUAAUGAUAGAAUGCAAUAUUAUGAGAUAUAUAAUGAUAGAAUGUAAUAUUAUACAAUAUAUAAUGAUAUCACUGUAUAUAGUAUAUUAUUGUAUAUAGUAUAAUAUUGCCUGUUAUCAUUAUAUAUUGUAAAAUAUUACAUUCUAUCACUGUAUAUAGUAUAUUAUUGCAUGUUAUCAUUAUAUAUUGUAUAUUAUUGCAUUCUAUCACUGUAGAUUGCAUAAUAUUGCAUGUUAUCAUUAUAUAUUGUAUAAUAUUGCAUUCUAUCACUGUAUAUAGUAUAUUAUUGCAUGUUAUCAUUAUAUCUCUCAUAUUAUUGCAUUAUAUCACUGUAUAUGGUAUAAUAUUACAUUCUAUCACUAUAUUGUAUAAUAUUGCAUUCUAUCAUUAUAUAUCUCAUAUUAUUGCAUUAUCACUGUACAUUGUAUAAUAUUGCAUUAUAUCACGGUACAUGGUAUAAUAUUACAUUCUCUCACUGUAUAUUGUAUAAUAUUGCAUCCAAUCAUUAUAUAUCUCAUAUUAUUGCAUUAUAUUACUGUAUAUUGUAUAAUAUUGCAUGUCAUCAUUACAUAUUGUAUAAUAUUGCAUUCUAUCACAGAAUGUUUUAUUAAAUUACACUAUAUCACUGUAUAUGGUAUGAUAUUACAUUCUAUAACUGCAUAUUGUAUAUAUUGCAUUCUAUCUUUAUAUAUCUCAUAUUAUUGCAUUAUAUAAUGGUAUAAUAUUACAUUCUAUCACUGUACAUUGUGUCAUAACACAUUAUUUUGGUAUUUUCCCACUGACAGCUGAUCAGGCAGUGAGCUCAGUAUGCUAAGCUGGGAUUGUACCCCUGGGAGGUGAACUUCUGUGCCUGAGUUGGUGAAAUUCCGAGGAGGGGCCGGGGAGGGGCUACAGGCAAUACCUUGUCCCAAGUACUCAGAGAAAAGGUGUACCAGUUUAUUUCAUGACCCAAUUCCCUCCAUAAUUCAGAACAUGCCAUUUUUAAUCCCCACGUGGUUUUAGUCUGCACUGAGAUAAAUUGAUUCAAAUCCAUUUGCAGCUGUCUACAAGAUGCGGCUGCCUUUACUAACAAGUUGUGAAAAGGAUUUUAAAAUGUUUGUUAGCUGAAGGGCUUCAACGAAUGUACGCCCCAUUAUGAUUUAUUUAUGACGAACCAUCACUUUCUGCAGGUUUAUGCAAGUAGAACAAUCACUACAAGGGAAUUCAGAUAAACAAUACAGAGCAAUUCAAAACGCGUUGGCAUCUUGCUGCUCACGAAAGCCUCACUGGUAGACAAUUGAAUGAUUUAGAAGAACCACUUGUCUAAUUAAACAAAUCUAAAAUUUGGCACCAAUGACAGAUUAUACACAAAAAUCCAAUAAAAUACAAAUGGCUAAAUUUAGGGUUUUAUAGCAAACUGUACUUUUCAAGGAACGCCUUGUUUGAAGACAUUGUCUCUUCAGAAGUUCAUUCCCCUCAAACCCACUGACGCUGUGAAUUUGGUAACGGUACUCAGAGUUUGUCAGAGGGUCUGUUCUGUGUCUGAUAGUUUGGUAACUGCAGUAAGACACUGGCAAACAAUUUGCUGACAAGGUCAUUCACCAUAGUGAGAAUUGUAGCGAAUUCAAUGUAAAUUGAAAACUGAAUUUAAAAUUCAGACAAAAAUAACCAAACUGGAACAUUUCCUGAAGUCCGUUUUUCAGUCGGGAUAUUUUGCCAAAAUGUUUUAAUUCACAUCAAUUUCACUUUGAAUUCUUGGCAAUUCGCAUAUUAAGUUUUUAGUAAUUAAACGCGAAAUUGUGGUGAAUUGGGAAGGAAUUGCAUAGUUAGGUCAUAGUUGAUUUUGGAAAAAUUCUCAUUUUUUUUUAGCCUGAAUUAUGCAAUUUAAUUUCAUUACAGGGUUAGCGAAUAAAUCACUUUUGUUAAAGGAUCACUAAAGUUAUUAAGAUUAAGUGGUCUGGGUGCAAUAUUACUGUCAUUUUUACCAUGACAAAUUGCAAUAAACUGCAACAUUUACAUUGUGGGGUUAAAUCCACCUCUAGUGGUUUUCUUUCUGACGGCCACUAGAGACACUUCCUCCUCCAGAACUGAGUCAUUCUCAGUCCUGAAAUCAAAUGCUGCUCAUAGAUCAUGGCUCAUAGCUCAUAUAUCACAGCUCAUAGAUCAUGGCUCAUAGCUCAUAGAUCAUCAUAGAUCAUAAUAUAUCAUAGCUCAUAUAUCAUUGCUCAUAGAUCAUAGAUCAUAUAUCACAACUCAUAGCUCAUCAUAAAUCAUAUAUCAUAGCUCAUCAUAAAUCAUAUAUCAUAGCUCAUCAUAAAUCAUAUAUCAUAGCUCAUAUAUCAUAGCUCAUAUAUCAUAGCUUUUAGAUCAUAUAUCAUAGAUCAUGUAUCACAGCUCAUAGAUCAUGUAUCAUAGCUCAUAGAUCAUAUAUCAUAUAUCAUAGCUCAUAUAUCAUAGCUCAUAUAUCAUAGCUCAUAGAUCAUAUAUCAUAGCUCAUAGCUCGUAGAUCAUAUAUCAUAGCUCAUAGAUCAUAACUCAUGGAUCAUAGCUCAUAUAUCAUAGCUCAUGGAUCAUAGCUCAUAGCUAGUAGAUCAUAGCUCAUGGAUCAUGGAUCAUAGCUCAUAGCUUAUGGAUCAUAUAUCAUAACUCAUAGAUCAUAUAUCAGCUCAUGGAUCAUCAUAAAUCAUAUAUCAUAGCCCAUAGAUCAUAUAUCAUAGCUCAUAGCUCGUAGAUCAUAUAUCAUAGCUUGUAGAUCAUAGCUCAUAGAUCAUAGCUCAUGGAUCAUGGAUCAUAGCUCAUGGAUCAUAUAUCACAGCUCAUAGAUCAUGGCUCAUGGAUCAUGGAUCAUAGCUCAUGGAUCAUAUAUCACAGCUCAUAGAUCAUGGCUCAUAGCUCAUAGAUCAUCAUAGAUCAUAAUAUAUCAUAGCUCAUAUAUCAUUGCUCAUAGCUCAUAGAUCAUAGCUCAUAGAUCACAGCUCAUAGAUCAUAUAUCACAACUCAUAGCUCAUCAUAAAUCAUAUAUCAUUGCUCAUAGCUCAUAGAUCAUAGCUCAUAGAUCACAGCUCAUAGAUCAUAUAUCACAACUCAUAUAUCAUAGCUCAUAGAUCAUAGCUCAUAGCUCAUAGAUCAUAUAUCAUAGAACAUAGCUUUUAGAUCAUAUAUCAUAGCUCGUAGAUCAUAGCGCAUAGAGCAUAGAUCAUAGCUCAUAGAUCAUAUAUCAUAGAUCAUGUAUCAUAGCUCAUGGAUCAUAGCUCAUAGCUAGUAGAUCAUGGAUCAUAGCUCAUAGCUAGUAGAUCAUGGAUCAUGGAUCAUAUAUCAUAGCUCAUGGAUCAUGGAUCUUGGCUAAUAGCUCAUGGAUCAUGGAUCAUAGCUCAUAGCUAGUAGAUCAUGGAUCAUGGAUCAUAUAUCAUAGCUCAUGUAUCAUAGCUCAUAGAUCAUAUAUCAUAGCUCAUAGAUCAUAUAUCAUAGAUCAUGUAUCAUAGCUCAUAGAUCAUGUAUCAUAGAUCAUGUAUCAUAGAUCAUAGAUCAUGUAUCAUAGAUCAUAUAUCAUAGAUCAUGGAUCAUAUAUCAUAGCUCAUAGAUCAUAUAUCAUAGAACAUAGCUUUUAGAUCAUAUAUCAUAGCUCAUAGCUCAUAGCUCAUAGCUCGUAGAUCAUAUAUCAUAGCUCGUAGAUCAUAUAUCAUAGCUCAUAUAUCAUAGCUCAUGGAUCAUAGCUCAUAGCUAGUAGAUCAUAGCUCAUGGAUCAUAGCUUAUGGAUCAUAUAUCAUAACUCAUAGAUCAUAUAUCAUAGCUCAUGGAUCAUCAUAAAUCAUAUAUCAUAGCUCAUAUAUCAUAGCUCAUAGAUCAUAGCUCAUGGAUCAUGGAUCAUAGCUCAUAGCUAGUAGAUCAUGGAUCAUAGCUCAUAGCUAGUAGAUCAUGGAUCAUAUAUCAUAGCUCAUGGAUCAUGGAUCUUGGCUAAUAGCUCAUGGAUCAUGGAUCAUAGCUAGUAGAUCAUGGAUCACAGCUCAGAGCAGGGUUUGAUUGGAGAAGUGCAGCGUUUGGCAGGCCAUUCAUAUCUCCGAGCAUUAGACUGGUUGAGAUCGCGGAAGAUGUCUAUACACAUGCUGACAUCUUCUAAGGUGGAGCAGAUGGCUGCUGCAGAUGUGUCUCGGCUCUGGAAAUGCAGUAAGUUAUCACUAUUUAACUUAGAAUUUAAGCAGUAUAAAGGGUAGUGGAGAGAGCUCACAGUGAUAGAGAGGAACCUAUAGGUUCAGUUUAAUAACCCUGUAUUUAUUGUACAGAAAAUAUGAGAUUACCAUCCAGACAGGACGUAUAAUGUGAGCAAAGAUUUCUGAUCAUUAAAUAUACUCUGUGCCUUUAAAUGAGAUGGCGGUGUUCGUUGGUGGCAAUCAAAGCGUCUAAUAUUCUAAAUUAAAACACUGAGUGUGAGGACCAGCUCUCCCACUUUUCAAACAUAACCUCCAUUUCGAGGCUGUUGUACCCACUAUUACUCUUGCCAGCAUCAGUGGGCAUGACAUGAGUCAGAGAACACUGCUUAGUAAACUGGGCCCAUCCUGAGCCAAUGCCAUUACCAGUGACUCACGCCUCCCUCCCCCAAACUGAUUGUAAUUUCUAGUUUCAAACAAACUCCUGCCAGGAAUGUAUGCAGCCCACCGUGCAUAAAACAUACCCACCCCUGUACCCUCUGCUCAGCGCCGCACUGCUGCCAACUCGGCAGGCUGCAAGAACAACCAUUAACCAGAGAAUUUCCAGAACUAAAACCUCCGGCUUUAAAUGAUAAAUAUCCUUCCCAUUUUCAAUAUUUUCUAAAAUGCUAAACGGCUCACAUUUCAUACCUCUACUCCCUUUUGUAAAUCUCCGAAGGGUAUUUAGGAAUGUCAGUCCUUAUUUGUCCCCAAAUCCCACUGUCCAUCUUUUCUAGGAGCUCCAUCUUGUUGGUGUGUCUGAGUGUAUAACAGAGCUCCACAGCAAUAAUACUCCCAGUAAUGUGUCUGAGUGUAUAACAGAACCCCACAGCAAUAAUACUCCCAGUAAUGUGUCUGAGUAUAACAGAGCUCCACAGCAAUAAUACUCCCAGUAAUGUGUCUGAGUGUAUAACAGAGCUCCACAGUAAUAAUACUCCCAGUAAUGUGUCUGAGUGUAUAACAGAGCUCCACAGCAAUAAUACUCCCAGUAAUGUGUCUGAGAGUAUAACAGAGCUCCACAGCAAUAAUACUCCCAGUAAUGUGUCUGAGUGUAUAACAGAGCUCCACAGCAAUAAUACUCCCAGUAAUGUGUCUGAGUGUAUAACAGAGCUCACAGCAAUAAUACUCCCAGUAAUGUGUCUGAGUGUAUAACAGAGCUCCACAGCAAUAAUACUCCCAGUAAUGUGUCUGAGUGUAUAACAGAGCUCCACAGCAAUAAUACUCCCAGUAAUGUGUCUGAGUGUAUAACAGAGCUCCACAGCAAUAAUACUCCCAGUAAUGUGUCUGAGUGUAUAACAGAGCUCCACAGCAAUAAUACUCCCAGUAAUGUGUCUGAGUGUAUAACAGAGCUCCACAGCAAUAAUACUCCCAGUAAUGUGUCUGAGUGUAUAACAGAGCUCCACAGCAAUAAUACUCCCAGUAAUGUGUCUGAGUGUAUAACAGAGCUCCACAGCAAUAAUACUCCCAGUAAUGUGUCUGAGUGUAUAACAGAGCUCCACAGCAAAUACUCCCAGUAAUAUGUCUGAGUAUAUAACAGAGCUCCACAGUAAUAAUACUCCCAGUAAUGUGUCUGAGUGUAUAACAGAGCUCCACAGCAAUAAUACUCCCAGUAAUGUGUCUGAGUGUAUAACAGAGCUCCACAGCAAUAAUACUCCCAGUAAUGUGUCUGAGUGUAUAACAGAGCUCCACAAUGUAAUAAAUGUGUUUAGAAAUCAGUCUGUGUAGAUAAGCUACAUUGUUCUUCUUCUAAAUUACAUUUUCGGUUCUCGUUAGGUCAUCGCGUCUCCUGGAUAAGCCCCACCCCAUGUCACACCUACAGCCACACCCCUUACAUGAAUGGGUCCCUCUGUGACUAUUUGACAUGUUGGUGGUUCAGGUUUGUGGUUUGAUUUGAUUCUUUGUCUUGUAAAUUUAAAGAGAACAUAAAUUAAGAUUUGGUAAAUUCUACAAGUUAUGCCUUUUGAGAUAAAACUAGUAAAAAAAAAAUGAAUUUACAAAGAAAUGAAAGGUUCAAACUAUUGGCGAAUUGUCGCUCUCUGGGUUAGUUGCCAACGUUUCACACAUUGACAGCUCUUUGUUGUCCUUCUCUCCUCAGUCUGCGCAUUGCCGGAAACCAUUGUAUUCAAUGGGAGUUUACCUUUGUCUCUCACUAAAUCCUUCCACAGUAACGCACUGAAAUAUUAAUUAUUGGGAAAAUUCAUAGUUCUUGACUAAAAAUUUGAAACUCACUUUGAUCUCAUUAGAAUUCCAAAGGUUCACAUGUUAGUAAAUACCCUUAUGUGAGUUACUAAACACGAAUCAAUGGGUCGUAUUUACUAAACAAAUAAUUAUACUGGCAGUAGAAAGGUUAAGGACGUAACAGGGCUGGUAUUGAGGGAAGCACGUGGUUGAAGCGCUAGGUCGGUUUAACCUGCGUGCGUUGCCAGUAGUAGUUGUUGUAGUGAUUGCAACGGCUUUUCAUUGAAAUUGCUGGUUAUAAGGAGACAACAACAGCUGUUUUGCUCCUUUUGAUUAAUGCACAGGUCGUCCCUUUAAUCUGCACAUCUUGAUUUCUGGGGGGAAAAAAAUCACUCAAAGGAGAUGAUGUACAGAAAAUGACAGUGGAGCGGCAAAAGGUCACGCGUUCUAAUUUCCAUAGCUUUAAUAACGCUAGUGACAUUUCCAAGACUGAGAAUGCAUCGGCCUAUUGAGACGAAGACUUGAAAUAGGAAACGAUCCUUAAAGGAGCCCAACAGUUUUGCCAAAUGUGUAUUUCGGUGCUUGAUUUGUGGUGAAAAGUCCUCAGAGAUUUUACUUCAUAUCUGACCCUACUCUGAAGGAAUAUCUGUCAAGGUGAGUUUACCCAAACACGUUAACCUUGGGAUGAUUAACAGAGGAAACGGAAUAGAUAGACGUAGUAACAGGCCUCAUCGUUUAGCAAUGUAGCCAAUACUACAUGUGGGCACAAUGCUCACAUGUAGUAAGUACAGUAUAGUAAGGCAGCUGCUAUGCUUAGUACUCGACAUAAUCUACAAGAAUACCACCAUGAGGUUUAACCUACAAAGGUUACCAUGAAGAAUGGUUUUACUUUUUACAAUCCCUUGGCAGAGAUGUAAAGGGACACAAUGGGACCUUUGCAGAGAUAUUUGUUUCUCUGUUGGGUAAAAAUCAGCCAUGGUAGGGCUAAAACUAAUUCUGAAUUGCUGUAAAUACACAUUUUGUGGAAGUGAAAUGGUUAAAAAUAGAUGGAGGAAAAAUGUGGUUUCCAUAAAUGUUGUCCAUUGACAAAACCCAAAGAAUUAUCUGAGACAUUAAUCAUUUCUGGCUGUAGGAAAAUUAAGAAAGAAACAAAUUGAGAAGAAAUACUAAAGAAAAAUUAACAGAUAAGCCAUAGUGAUCAAGGUGCGAAUUUAUGCUGUGUGUUUGAGAGUGUCAGGAUGCAAUUGGUGAGGUAUAUUUAUAGUCUUUGUAAAUUAGAGAGAUUUGCAAGUUUGUGGAGAUGAAGGUAUUCUGAAGAGUUAGAUGGAAGAGGGAUGGCGGAAGGAUUCGUGGAGAUGGUAGAAAAUGGCAGAGAGAAUACGGGAGAUGGGAUAAGAUUUUAGAGAGAAUUAUGCAAACAGAGUAAAGUGGUAGAGAUGUUGGUGGAUACAGGAGAAGACCUUGGAGGGGUUGAUAGAGAUAGGAAGAGGUUGAUGGAGACAGAAGAAAGCUGAAGAGAGGUUGAUGGAGAUGGGAAAAAGUUGAGGAAAGGCUGAUGGAGAAGGUCGUGGAGAGAUUGAUGGAGACAGGAAAGGGUCAAAGAGAUGUUGAUGGAGAUGGUGGAAGGUCACGAAGAGAUUGAUGGAGAUAGGAGAAGUUUGAGGAGAGGUUGAUGGAAACAGGAAAAGGUUGAGGAGAGGUUGAUGGAGAUGGGAGAAGGUUGUGGAGCAAUUGAUGGAAACAGGAAAAGGUCAAAGAGAGGUUGAUGGAGAUGGGGGAAGGUCACCGUGAGAUUGAUGGAGAUAGGAGAAGUUUGAGGAGAGGUUGAUGGAGACAGGAGAAGAUCAUGGAGAGAUUAAUGGAGACAGAAGAUCAUGGAGAGAUUAAUGGAGACAGAAGAUUGUGGAGAGAUUGAUGGAGACGAAAGCCAAGGCUUGAGAGUUUGUCUUCGAUUGAAGAAAAUGUUCAAGAGACCAUUGGAGAUGGGAGUAAGUGGUGUAGAGAAAAUGGCAGUUGCAACCUAACAGUGCAAGGAGGUGGUGCUGGGAGAUCACUGUAAACAAAUGCGAGAAGGAUGAGGAACUGGUAGGAAGUCUGACAUUUUUUCUCUCUGUGCCAGGUUCUCACGGUACCUGUUGUGGAGAGCAGAAAAUUUGUCACAAAGCACAGUAAAAAGGCACUGAAAGCCAGCUUAACCCUGGGAAUCCUGUUGGGCAUGUUCUUUGUGGCCUGGCUACCAUUUUUCGUGGCCAAUGUGGUCCAGGUAAGUUUUCAGGCUUUAAUAUUGAAAUAAAAGAGAAUUGUUUAAGCUUACAAAUAUUUAUUAAAAUAGUAAAUAUCUAAUCACAUAUUUUCUGUUUAAUUAUCAUUAUACUUAUAUUAUCGACAGAAUUAUAAAUUAUCGUUAUGUGUUUUGAAGUUGUUCAUUUACCCCAAUACAUAUCAACUGUAGGAAAAAAAAAUAUUUAUUUAUUGAGGUCAUGAAGAUAUUCCCACAAGAGAAUUUUCCUGCCAUAUAUAUGGUGUAGAAAAACAACUGUCACCUCAAAAAUAAUUUUUAAUAUAAUAAUCCAUUCAUCAAGUUUUGAAAAUAUAUAUAUUUUUUUUAAAAUCAAUUAUAGGUUAAAAAAAAACCAAAACAUUAAUAUAAAAAUUGAAAACCACAUCCCUACCUUUAGUAUAUAUGCCUUCAGUCAUAUACACACACUUUGGGUCAGACAGUGUUUGAAAGCCAACAGUUAGUCUCUACAGAAAGUUAGUCUCUAUGGUCUGCCCAGGUACACUCUCUGCAAAGAAACAGGGAUGACCAUAGAGACCAACACUUUCUAACCUAAGAUAUUUAUGGCUGAAGGAUCGUGUCAUAUGCCACAGGUAGGGAUGAGUUUUUCCAUCACCUGGCUGGGGUGGGCUUUACAGAGAGGCACAAUGCAAAUGUCUAGUUGCACUGCAUCAUGGAAAUUUUGUGAUUUAUAUAAUUUGCAAAACUACUCCUAUGGCAUAUGUAUCCACAUUGAAAUAAGUGUUCACCCCUAUGCCACUGUAAGUAGAUUCACAUUGUAGACAAUUUCACCAUUAUUGGUACAUGGGACCAUCAUCUCUCCUUUCCUAUCCUGCAGGCGGUCUGCGAUUGUGUGCCUGCGGGGCUGUUUGAUGUCCUUACCUGGCUCGGAUACUGCAACAGCACAAUGAACCCCAUCAUUUACCCGCUCUUCAUGAGGGAUUUCAAACGGGCCAUGGGUAAAUACCUACCCUGCUGCCGACGAACUCGUGUCAUCUCCCUGUCUAUGCGCAAUUCGAACAGUGCACCACGGCUGGGUCUAUCGCUGCGCAAUGUCCUGACACUUCGGGGAGAGACUGAUUCUAUGUAUUCAGCCACCCUGGGCAACGAGCACCUUCUGCCAAACGACAAAGACCACAGUACGGACCCCCUACCGGUAACAGCUGCCGACUCUGUCAAUCUGUUCGACUUAGAGCAGGAAAUGCAGAUUCACCACCUCAACACCCCUAUGGAUUAAACGGCUGUGACUUCCGGACAAUCAUCCAGCAGCCACGGAUCCCAGGUGCAUAGUGUCACUCUGCAAGCCUGUGUUUACUCCACAAUGAUGGCACAAACAAGAAUCUGGUCCGCUGGUCCAUUUUCACCCGUUCCCCAAAGACUCUGUAUUUUUACUACAUCCAAAUUAAGUAUUUAAUCAGCCAGCAAACACUAAAUGGCUCCGUGUUCAUAUUCAUUUAAUAAAAAAUGUUUUCUAAGUAUGUUUAUUUUAUUUUCAUAAACUGAUUUGACUUGGAACCUCCCACAUUAGGAACAUUAAAGAGAGGUAAGUUCAGAGUAAUCAUGGGUUUAUUUGACUUGUUUUUCUUUUUCAGGAGCAGAAAGCAGUCUCCCUCCUUCUGGAAUUUCAACAUUUAAUAACUUUCCGAACCCAGGAAAAGCAGAGUUUAAGAACUAUCUAAAACCAGGAAACUCCCUGAACCUGGAAAAUAAAACAGUUUAGGACCUCGCUCCUCUGGUGGAAAGCAAAUUCUA